GCCACAUCCUCUGCAGCCUGUGGAGAGCCGUGAAAGUUCAAAUUAAAGAAACGCCAUCCUGGUGAUCCAGAAGCAUUAAGAACCACACUUUUUUUCCCUUUUUUUUAUUUUUUAUGCCGCAGUUUUACGCGCGCUGGCGCGCGACGGAAGCUGAGCGCACGUGGGCGAACAUUUGUCCUGUGGGAAAAGUUUGACCGGAGAGUAACGCGGCAGUGCCAAUGUCCAAGUCCGCCCCGUGUCAGGGGAACGCGCGGAGGUCUUCUGGUGUGGCGCGCGGGAAGCGGCCGCCGCAUUUGGAGCUGUCGGAAACCACCGUUGGCGCACCCGGACCGGAGACGCCGGCGCGCGGCGACGACGCGUUUUCGGGAAGAGCCAAAAUGCCCGGGGACGGCGACGCCCAUGCGGAGGCGCCCGGUGUCUACCUCCACCCGUACCUGUCUCACCCGCGGAUGUCCGUGCGGAUGUCGGUGUACAGCACCGGCGUGCGACCGGCGGUCACGCGCGCCUACAUCCAAGGGCGCGUGUACAACUUCCUGGAGAGGCCGUCCGGCUGGAAGUGCUUCGUGUACCACUUCACAGUGUUUCUCAUAGUUCUGGCCUGCCUGAUCUUGAGUGUCCUCUCUACCAUUGACCAUUACCAGGCCCUGGCUCACACAACGCUCUUCUGGGUGGAGAUCGUCCUUGUGGUGUUCUUCGGCGUGGAGUAUUUUGUCCGCCUCUGGUCAGCAGGCUGCCGCAGCAAAUACGUUGGCAUCUGUGGCCGACUGCGCUUCGCCAGGAAGCCAAUAUCUAUUAUAGAUCUGAUCGUUGUCGUUGCCUCAGUAAUCGUGUUGUCGGUGGGCUCCAAAGGGCAGGUGUUUGCCACCUCUGCUGUAAGGGGGAUUCGCUUCCUGCAGAUCCUGCGUAUGCUUCAUGUUGACCGGCAGGGAGGAACCUGGCGUCUCCUGGGCUCUGUUGUCUUCAUCCAUCGGCAGGAGCUGAUCACCACCUUGUACAUUGGCUUCCUGAGCCUGAUCUUCUCCUCGUACUUUGUCUACCUGGCAGAGAAAGAUGGCGUCGAUAGCAGCGGCUCCACCGAGUUUGAAAACUACGCAGAUGCUCUGUGGUGGGGAGUGGUGACAGUGACGACCAUUGGCUAUGGAGACAAAGUGCCACAAACCUGGAUUGGAAAGACCAUCGCAUCCUGUUUCUCAGUCUUUGCCAUUUCCUUCUUUGCCCUGCCUGCAGGAAUCCUGGGCUCCGGCUUCGCCCUGAAGGUGCAGCAGAAGCAGAGACAGAAGCACUUCAACAGACAGAUCCCUGCAGCCGCCUGUCUCAUUCAGACGUCGUGGAGAUGCUUCGCGGUGGAGAACUUAGAGUCGGCCACGUUCAAGAUGUUUUUGAGAAAGCGCUCCCACAUCACCGCCGCCUCUUUGUCCACCCCCAAGCCCAAGAAAUCGGUGAAGAUAAGGAAGAAGUUGAAGAGCACUGACAAGGACAACGGCCUGACCUCUCCCACGAUUCCCAGCAUCACCUUCGACUCUGUGUUUGACAGCAGCAGGGAGCUGAGUUCGGAUGUUUACAGCACGGUGGGCACAGAUCGCCCCGAGUCCUGGGCGUCUCUAUCUUCCCUUCACUUCAGCUCCCCACCUCCAGCGAAAAGGAACCCUGGCCUAUUGGAUGUUCAAUCCCCCGGCCCCCUCCAGAGGAACUGCAGCUUCGCAGACAACCUGGAGCUGGAGUCGGAGCGGCACCACAGCGAACUGACUCCUGUCUCCUCAAUGUCACAGAUGACGGAGUCGCACCGGAAAGCCAUCCGGGUGAUCCAGAGAAUGCGCUACUUUGUGGCCAAGAGAAAUUUCCAGCAAGCUCGUAAGCCGUACGAUGUGCGAGACGUGAUUGAGCAGUACUCCCAGGGUCACCUCAACCUCAUGGUGCGAAUCAAGGAGCUGCAGAGGAGACUGGACCAGUCUUUAGGGAAGAUAACUCUGUUCCAGACGGGCACAGACAGGGCCAGGGACAAAGGCAACAACUCCAUCGGAUCCAGACUCAACAGGAUGGAGGAUAAGAUCACACACAUGGACCAGACGAUGAAGCGUAUCGCCGAGUCCCUCGCCUCCCUGCUGGACCAGAGGGAUGUUGACGGCGGCGAAGGUGGAGGCAGGGCGAGGCCGCGGCCCGGGCGGACAUGUAAUCUCCAGCCCCGUCAGGACAGCCUGCCGAGCUACGAGCAGCUGUCUUCAUCACCUUCCUCCUUCUCCUCCAACACGGCGAGCGCGGCGGCCGGGCCCAACCCUCCGCUCAGCACCGCCGCCGGUCAGGAGGAGGACUGCUACUGAAACCUGCUGGAGCCACAUCUAUUUACAAAUCUAUCUAUCUGUUCAUCCAUCUAUCUAUCUGUACAUCCAUCCAUCUAUCUAUCUAUCUAUCUAUCUAUCUGUACAUCCAUCCAUCUAUCUAUCUAUCUGUCUAUCUGUUCAUCUUUCUAUACUGUACAUCUAUGAAUCUAUCUGUCUGUCCGUCCUUCCAUGCACCCAUCCAUCUUUCCAUCUAUCAGUCCAUCGAGCCAUCCAUCCUUCCUUCCAUCUAUCCGUCCAUCCAUCCAUCCUUCCUUCCAUCUAUCCGUCCAUCC